AGGGUAUUGUCAGACAGUCCCUGCUCCCCUAUUGCCUAUACAAUAAAUAUAUUUUGGGAGAUAUUAUGGGGGUUCAGGUACCAUAGUGGCUGUAUAAUUAUGGUGCUGCCUAGGGGCAGCUCUUGUGCUGCUGUAUUUUCCUGUGAGUGGAGAGUUGGGUUUUGUUAGACGGUGCCUGGAGAUUGUGCAGACUUGCCGGGUAUUGUCUGAUACUCCCUCGCACUGCGGCUGCGCAAUGCAUCCAGAUCGAACAGAACCAUCAGAACCAGCACCAAGAGACAGACAUGGAGAGAAAGGGCGGCACCUAGUACCUGAGUGCUCAGAGGGGGGACACAUGGCAGCUGAUGACUCGGCAGGAGGAGCUCGCAGGGCAACUAAGAGCAAAUUGUUUGAGUUCCUGGUACAUGGAGUGCGUCCUGGGAUGCCAUCUGGGGCACGCAUGCCUCAUCAGGGAGCCCCUAUGGGCCCCCCAGGGCCCCCGUUUGGUGGGAGUCCCUCAGUGCGGCCUGGAAUACCCCCAGCAGUGCUGGAGCCAACAAGGAAGCGUUCAGCUCCACCUCAAGUCCAGCAACAAGCCACUCCCACACAGGGGCGGAGUCGCAGCGCCAAGAGAAGGAAGAUGGCGGAUAAGAUCCUUCCCCAGAGGAUACGGGAACUUGUCCCCGAGUCCCAGGCCUACAUGGACCUUCUCGCCUUUGAGAGAAAACUGGACCAAACCAUCAUGAGAAAGCGCAUUGACAUCCAGGAGGCACUAAAGCGACCAAUGAAGCAAAAGCGGAAGCUGCGUCUUUAUAUCUCCAAUACGUUCAAUCCUGCAAAAGCAGAUGCUGAUGACUCUGAUGGGAGCAUUGCAUCCUGGGAACUGCGUGUGGAAGGAAAACUACUGGAUGAUCCCAGUAAGAUGAAGAGAAAAUUCUCCUCCUUCUUCAAGAGUUUGGUCAUUGAGUUGGAUAAAGACUUGUAUGGGCCGGACAAUCACUUGGUGGAGUGGCACCGGACCCCAAGUACCCAGGAGACCGAUGGGUUUCAGGUGAAAAGACCAGGGGAUGUGAGUGUGCGAUGCACCCUCCUAUUAAUGCUGGACUACCAGGUACGUACUGCAGUAUUACCCCUAUGUACCCCUAUAUACCCCUAUGGGCUCAAACCUAACAUGUUGAACUGCGCCAUGACUUAUAUAAGAGAACGUACUACGGACAUCUCUCUCCUGCGCCAUGACUUAUAUAAGAGAACGUACUACGGACAUCUCUCUCCUGCGCCAUGA